AUUCAAUUCGUGGUGGAUAAGAUCGUACAAAGUUUCCAAAUGUUUCACAAAUACCAUUUUAGCUUUUUGAGUGUCGAUAAUCAAUGGUGUUUCUUUUUUCUCAUUCGCCUUGUUUUUCAGUUUCUCUUCCAUCACUCAGGUCAGAUAGACCGACAUUAUGUAGAUGCCAGUUGUUUCCAUUUCUCAGUGGUUGUAAAAAGGAAUCUAUUCCAGUAGUUAGAAAACUAUCGAUCAUAAACGUGGUGGCCUCUCAAGUCUCAGCAAAGACAAACUCUUCUACAUUGGGCUCAAGUGCUAGCUUGAAGAAAAGUCUACAACCGACUUUUAUAUUGCAAGGAGAUACGCUGCAAGUAUCUUGGUUUCAACGUAUAGUAACCACAGGAACCCUUUGUAUUUUGGUGAUGUUGAUCCUUCAAAAUAUUCAAGAUACCAUACAAAUCCUGUCAAGCCAUGAAUUGACAUCUCUACUUUUGACACUAUUUUUUGCAUUACAACUUGUGGCAAUGGAUAUAGGUUGUUUAUUUAUGGGUUAUAUAGCAGCAGACUUCUUUUCCGGUUUAUAUCAUUGGUUUUUAGAUAACUAUGGAAAUGCAAAGACACCUAUCAUUGGUAAACAAUGUGUGGCUUUUCAAGGACAUCAUGAACAUCCUUGGACAAUAACGUAUCGACCAUUUUGCAAUCUUCUUGGAACAAGUUGUCUUAUUUCUUGUCCAUUCUUCUUAUUAUUAUUGGUUAUGCCUCUUCCUCAUUUCAUUCAAACAAUAUUGACCAGUUUUGGAUUCUUUGUAGUGUUUGCUCAACAAACUCAUCAAUGGGCACAUCAAACGAAACCUCCUUCGCCUUGGAUAGAAACUCUUCAACAAAUGGGAGUUUUGUUAUCCAUCAAGGCACAUGGGAAGCAUCACAAACCUCCUUUUAAUAAGAAUUAUUGUAUCGUUAGUGGUAUAUGUAACGAAAUAUUGGCUAUAUUCUCAAUUUCGAUGGAUUCCUAAUCAUCUCCAAUCAAAAGAACAAUAAAAA